AUGAUUUUCGAAAGACUCCACCGUUUGCAAAGCCAGCCAGAUCGCGUUCUGAUGUAUCCUUCGCACCUCGAUCCAGAGAUGGACUCCAUCGAAGGUGGAUUACUGCGCAAGAUGCACGCGCAGUACCGCGUGCGGCUGGUUCCGAUUGACGUGCAGAGUCGAAGCAGUAGUGACGUCACAUGGGCAGAGAGCUAUACCAAGCUUCUUGCUUUCAACCAAACCCAGUACGCGCGGGUGUUGAGUCUAGACUCUGAUGGGACAAUCUUGCAGGCAAUGGAUGAAUUGUUUCUUCUUCCCCCGGUCCCCGUGGCAAUGCCACGCGCGUACUGGCUCGGCUUCGAUCAUCGCCUGCUAACCUCAGCGGUGAUUUUGAUUCAGCCCUCGGAAUCCGAGUUCGGCUCCAUCUGGGAGAGGAUCCAAGUGGCCGGGAAAUCUGACUACGACAUGGAGAUCCUGAAUGAUCUAUACCAGGAUAGUGCGAUGGUCCUGCCGCACCGUCCUUACAUCCUCUUGACCGGCGAGUUUCGUUCCCAAACUCACGCGAAUUACCUCGGCGCCCCGCACACCAGAUGGGACCCUGAUCUGGUCUUGUCAGAGGCCAAAUUCCUGCAUUUCUCGGAUUGGCCGCCUUGGCGGAAGACCCCGAGGCCGGUCAUGAACAAAGAACAACCGGCCUGUCACAACGAUACCACCCAGACGGGGAUGCAAGAUUGUCGCUCGCGUGAGCUCUGGUUAGGCUUCUACCGGGAUUUCGCCGAGCGUCGACAGGUACGAAGCUCUAUUUUCGUCACUGGAGUAUCUCUCCCCCGCUGGUACUUACAGUGCGUUUAG